CAUUGGUCGGUAUAUAUUUGAGGAGAAAGUGGAGUACAGACAGAUACAAACAGAGCACCUUAGGUUUUCUAAAAAUCUGAAAACAACAUACUUGAUGAAUCAGGUCUGCUCGGAGAAACGUUGUCAAAGUGAUCCUGUGGCUGCGAUGGAGAACUACAGUCCAGAAGACUUGCUUCGGUUAAAGACGAAGAGCACAAUGUCCAAACACUGCUGUGCUCUCUACAACACCAGCGGACAUCACCGCUCAGACGUAGAAAACGUGGAGGAGCGGCUCAGAUAUGACAGGAUGGUCGGUGAGCCUCAGCAGACCGUCGAUGCGGAGCAGCAGGAGAUAACCAGCAGGAGGAAACCAGCGUUAGUCAGGUCAAAGACCUUCGAUCACUCCCUGCUGACUCAGGUUCAGACUGAUGCCGACCCCAAGAUAGAGAGGAAGAAGUCUCAAUACAGCCAGCUGUCGAAGAGCAACGGUCAGUACCAUAAAAUAUUUAAGGAGAUCAGCAAAGAGGAGCAGCUGCGACAGAGUUACACCUGUGCUCUGCAGAAAGACAUCCUCUACCAGGGCCGCAUGUUUGUCUCUGACCACUGGAUCUGCUUCCACUCCAAAGUGUUCGGAAAGGACACAAAGAUCGCCAUCCCAGUGAUGUCCGUCACUCACAUCAAAAAGACCAAAACUGCCAUCCUGGUGCCAAACGCUCUGGUGAUCGCAACCGCAAACGACAGGUACAUGUUUGUGUCCUUCCUGUCCAGAGACAACACCUACAAGAUCCUGAUUUCCGUCUGUCUUCAUCUGGAGGAGAAGAGUCCGUGCAGUAGCCCCUUCCCCUCCUCUGCUGAGAGCAGCUUCAGAGGUCAAAGGUCACCUCUGUCACCUCGCUUUCCUCUGGAUUUUACGGGUGAUUUCACUGAUCUGGACGGAGCAGUGAGACAGAGGAGGCAGGAGAUGGAGGAGAGCAGCAGCUCCGACUCCCAGACACCAGACUACGACAAGAUAGCAGAGUUCCCCGUCCCUCCGUUUUUGGACGUUUUGAAGCAAACAGACGGUUCAGCUCCUCCUGAACAUCCGAGCCAUCAACACAAAGUGAAGAAUCAGAAUCAGAACCAACAUCAGAACCAGCAGAGCCCAGACAGCAAGCAGCACGACACACACCCCACCGGCUCAGAUGUUGUGAUCAACACAAGAACACUGAAACCCGUUUCACUCAACACUGUGCUGUUUGUCUACCUCUUUCUAGUAUGUGUCCUGGUCCUGUCCUCCUGUUACCUCGCCUUGAAGAUCGUCUCGUUGGAGCAGAGACUGUCGACGCUCGGCUCAGUCACAGAGUUCGCCCGCCAGGAAAAUGAUUUUCUGCCGGGGAGUGACGUGAACUCGGAACUCUUCUCUGAACUUCUCACCAUCAACCUGUUGAAGCUGGAGAAGGUGCAGAAGAACCUGCAGAGACUGCUGGACGAGGCCAUCUGAAUGUACUGAAAACCUGAAAAUACUGUGUGAAGCUCUGUAAAUAUUCUGUAAAUAUGUAUGUAGUUAAUUAUAGUAAAUGUUACACCCUGACAGUAAUGAGAUUUAUUAAAGUCACAUCAAGGGCUCAAAAAGGAGAAUUCACAAAAAUCUUAGCACAUCAUCUGGUUAAGUUAAGUCAAUUAUGUUGCAUUUCGGGCCUACUGUAUACGUCACAAUGACGAUUAGCUGGAGGCAAAACAAACUGGCUCAUAACAUAGCUAACAUGACAAGUGUGGCUAAUUAUGAGAGUUGUUAAACAUGUUGCUGUAGGUUCACUACAUACCCAGUAAUGCAAGCACAGUUCACCAUCAUGAUGUAGCUGUUUGCUCUAUUCACAAUGUCCCAAACCUUGUACGUGACUAUCUUCUGUCCUCGCUGCUGCCUGGGCAGAACUUUGGACCAAGGAUGUCACGAGUUAAAUGGCGGGAUAUAAAGUCCUGUACAUUUCCCAUUACAACAUAGUUAAAGGUAUCUAAGGACUUAUACGCCCUGAGUUUGUCUUUACUUUACACACUUGGUUUUUCUAUCAGAAAAGUGUAACUGUCUGGCGGGCCUUUCCCGCUUUGGCAGUCCUGUCAAAUCAUCCAUCCACUGAGCGAGAGCGUACAGGUCGACGGUCUCCUCCCGUUCAUCGUUGUUAACGUAUUCCAGUAAUACCCUCGAUCCCGGAGUGAAAGUGACUUCAUUUGUUCAAAGAGGCUCUGAGCAUCUCUGUCCAAUGUUUUGAAUUUGGACCGCAGUACCCAUUUUAAACACUAGGUGUCAUAUUGCGCCUUUAAACCCAGUAUGGUUAAAAAUAUGUAAACCCAUCUCAACUUGUCAAAGGAGAAGUUCAGUUAAUUUUUACAGGUAUCUCGUGGCUCACCUGCAACCUGAUUUGUCUGAGCAUCCCUGAAUGCACCGAACUCUAACUGCAGACAAUUUGUCAUUAUUCCCAUGACCACCGGGUGGCACUGUUAAGAGAUUUCAAAACUACCGUAGUGGUUUCUAAAUCUUCCACAUGGGGAUUGUGGUCCCAGAACUUUUCCUCUGGUUGAAUGAACUUUUGAUGCAUCAGCUGUGAAACACUUUGGAGUUAACUCUGAGUCAUUGUCUUUUCAAACAGCCGACUGUUACAGAGAUGUGAAUAACUAAAAUAAAUAAAAGGUUUAUUUUGAAAUAAAAGGUUUUUUGCUGUCA